AUGAUGAUCUCCCAACGAAAGCUCUCGGUAUUAUUGGUUCUGUUGCAAGCCCAUUUGCGAUUGGCAUUCACUCCGCCAAGAGGCCACCGAUUACGUGAUUUCAGCAGGGAUCGGUUCUUUGCCGUGGAGCAUAUCCUACCGCCAUUGGCCUCCAUUGCUGCUACCCCUCGUCCUCGACACCGAACGACCCUUAGCAGGAAUGGUACCAUGCACACUGGUACUGCCAUCCUUGGUGGACACCGUAAUAAUGGUACCGACUUUGGCAGCAGCAGACAAGAUACCAUCCACCGGCAGCACAUACAGCACUACAUUAGCGAUCAUGACGACAAAGACGCUUUGCCCGUCCUCUACACCAAUGAUCCUAAAGUACUCAACCGCUGGUUGGCAGACAAUAUCCCAAUGGAACCUUGCGUCAUUGGAUUUGACACAGAGUCCGUCCCUGAUGUGCCAUGGAUACACAGUGACUUCAAAAUGCGCCCCGUCACUAUUCAAUUGUCCACCUGCACUGCCAGCGUUGUCAUACCACUGGUGCAAAACAAUCGAUAUUGCCGUGCGUGUAUUCCUCUUUUGGAAACUGUACUCGAGGAUGAAACCAUUAUCAAAUCGGGGGCGGGAAUUGACGAUGAUCUUGUCGAUCUCAAGUGCCAAGUACCUGGAUUCAAAGGGCUCCAGGCACGUUCCAGGUUUGAUGUCGGAUUGCUCGGAGUAGCCAAGGACCGAAGAUUAGGAUUGAAAGCUUUGACCAGGAUUCUGCUCCAACGGAACUUGGAAAAACCAAAACGUCUUACCGUCAGCGACUGGUCGCAGAGUCCACUGAGUGAUGAUCAAAUUGCCUAUGCAGCCCGAGAUGCAUGGUGUGGAGCUGCCGUGUUGGAGGAGUUGCAGCGAUUGGAUUCAGAGACAUUCCAGACAGAUGCGCUGAUUGAUUUGUUAAGAUCACAACCACCCUUGCAUAGACUCGCGAAAAACCGCAAACAACGACAAUCGGCCAAGAAACAGCUCAAAUCGUACCACCAUGGACGAAACCAUACCAAUCAGCAUUUGCCGCACCAAGUUCAACAACAAGUCUCACAACUUCAGCAGGUACUCAAGGAGACUCAGGUUGAUUUGACCAUUGUAGAACCUUUACGUUGUAUUGCGGAUGAAUGA